AUGAUACAGGGUAUUUUUAAUAAAGCACAUGGAAUGUUUUCGGCUUUUUCUAUUAAUGUUGGCAUCAUUUAUUCGUGUGUUAAAGAUCAGUUUUGCAUUGAAAAUAGUGAAAUACAACCAUUAGCACCACUCUUCAAAGUGCCUGAAGAAAAACAUAUUAUUUUGCUUGGUUUUGGUUUAUCACUUCUGGUUAUAGGUUUUAUGUGA